CAUUCUCUCUCCGCCCCCGCACGACUCCACAUUAUUCUUCUUGACAGUGCAAGAGCUCGAAGAGAUCGAUCUAACUUCUAUCGAGAUCGAGAGACAGAGUCAUUGGGCAUUUGGAAGGAAAGCUCCCGUGUGCCCCCCUCUCUCUCUCUCUUUGAUGGCGAUACCAUGGCCGCCGACCUUCUUCAGCUUCACUCGCCCUCCCUUCACAGCCCCACCAUCCGUACGAUCUCAUCUCCUUACCCGUCAUCACCUUCCAACCAUCUCAGCAACCGCCCUUUUCACUUCCCAACCUUCACUCCCAACAAAUCCCAUCCCUUCAUCACCACUCCCACAAAACCCCACGACCGACGGCUGAAAAUCACAGCCGCCCACUUCAACAUCUCAUUCCCACCGCUCAUCUCUCCUUACGAUCACUGGGGAAUAUGGACCUCGCUCUUCACAGCUGGUGCAUUCGGCCUCUGGCCGGAGAAGACGAAAGUGCGGAGCGCACUGAGAGGCGCCCUGGUCAGCACUCUGGUGGCGCUCGCCAUGACCAACCUCAGCAUCAUUGCUAGUGAGGUCCCGGUGUAUUAUGUUGUCUUGGAGUAUCUGCUGCCCGUUGCCGUUCAUUUGCUGCUCUUCAGAGCAGAUCUGCGUUGCAUCCUACAGUCCAUUGGGACGCUGCUUUUGGUCUUCUUGCUUGGAUCAGGCCAACGAAGAGAAGUCAUGGUUGGCGGAUGACAAAGUCUUGACUCAUUUUGAAUCACUCAAGUUUGAAAACACAGAAACAGUUCAUACUGACGUUGGCAAAGAUGAGAAGGGUUUAGAAGAUAGUGAUAUAGAGGGGGCUGAAUUGCCUUUAGGGAAGAUAAUGAAACGUCUGAAAUCUCAGAGAACGAAGAACAAGAAAGUAGUGAGAAAACAUUCGACUGUUGAGGGAAAUAAUGCAGAAAAUGAUGUUGAUAUUUUGGGAACUUCAAGGAAAAUAAAAUUAGAUAAUCAGGAAAGAGCCACGAACUUGCAAUAUGGCAAGUUGGGCAAUGGUCACGAGCACUUUAUAACUAGAGAAACAGCUAAUCAAAAUGGCAAAAAGAAAUCUUCUGAAUCACGGAAAAAGAAAAAGAGAAAAACCAGUGAUGUAUUUUCUACACCAGUUCCAACAUGCAAGAGAUCACCUUUUGGUAAGGACACUCGUAGGCAGUCUCAUCCGAGGAAUUCUGUUAAGGGCCUUGGCAAAGCUUCAAGAGCAAGUUCAAAUAGCAUUGGAAUUUUCUCCAUGCAAUCUCUUGAAAUGGAUGAAGAGCUCCAGGAUUGGUCAGAAGUAAAAUUAUCCAAGGAGAAAAGCAAGGCAGAGCCCACAGAGUCGGACUUUUUGCUAUCACUAUCGCCAACAACUAAAACCUCGUCAAGACGUAAAAAGAAAGGCAUUGUGCAACAUUUGAAUGGCAUGGGUGAUUCAGAAACUCUCGGCCAUGAGCCAGAGGAGUCCUCUUUGCUGGUGGAAAAUGAUGAAAAGAACUCGGUUGGUAAUUUCAAGAGCCCCAUGGGUGCUAACAAAAAGCGUAAAAGACGAAGUAUUGCCAAAUUGGCAAAGGCAACUUCUUUAGUUUCUUGUCUUUAUAAUCAAUUUGCAGUGGUUCUGUCCCAUUUUGUCUCCAUAAUGAAGUAGAGGAUCCUGGUAAAAUUUGUAACCCCCCGCGCCCCCCCCCCCCUCCUCUUCUCCUUUUCCUUUUUAUAAUGAUGACUCCCUAUGGUUUCAACAUAGUGUAAUACAAUAUGCCUUUCCUGGCUCAUUUUGGUUGUAGUUUAGUUUUUCCCUGCUGUUUUGUUUUUGGACUUAAGUGGUUGCCAUUCACUAAAAAAAAGAUCAUUCCACAAUGUUAUUCUUUGGUUUUCUGUGUAGUGUUCAACAAAGAGAUCUGAAAAACAUGACUUGGAAUUGGUUGGUGCAGAGUUAAAGUUUGGUGGCCAAUAGAUAAACAGUUUUAUGAAGGUGUUGUGCAAUCUUAUAACCCAGGAAAGAAGAAACAUGUGAUACUAUAUGACGAUGGAGAUGUGGAAGUUCUCCAGUUAGAUAAGGAGCAGUGGGAGGUUAUUAGUGAAGGUUCCAAGCCUAGCAAGGUCAGACAAGGAGGAAAAAAGUAGGACAUAUGGUGCCUCAAGACGAAAUAAGAAUCCUUAUAAGAAAUUCAGGAGGAAAACAACUAUAAAGAAAAAUGUAAAGAAUAGCCAUAGAAUGUCAGAAAGCAACAUUGGUGCUAAUGCUAGCGAUUACACUGAAGGAAGAGCUGCCCCUGAAUUAUCAGAUUCUCACCCCGACACUAGUCCUGAAGUCAAUGAAGUUAAUUCAGAUGAUUUUGCAAAAGAACAAGCAUCUCCUUCAGCAGCCGCGAAGGAGGAGGAACGAGAGGCCCCAGCAGACCUAGAAGAAUCAGACAGAGAAGAGAAACUGGAUUCUUCUGACAGAGGAGCUGCAGGAGAUUCGGAUGAUGAACCUCUUAGUAUGUGGAAGGUACCAGGAGCAAAAGUAGCCUAGAGCUUGGAGACUGGCCUUCUCUUUGAAAACUCAAAUGUUGGAUUUGGCUUUGUUGCCAUUGUCCCAACCAUGGUCUGUCGAUCUGAGUUGCUGAAGGAAGAUGGAUGUUUUGGUACCUACAAUAGAUGUUGCUAAUAAACUAUAGUAACACAAAUGCCACGAUAAAGGCCAUGUAUAUGUAAUUUCCAUGGUUAUUGUAUGUAGCAUGUGUUUGUAGCCGUCUUGUGUAGAGUAGUUUGACCACUCAUCUUGUAUAGGUCAUAGCCAAAAAAUUACACAUCCAACAAUCCUAACCAUCUGAUUUGUUCCUUCAAAUGGGCUGUUGAAAGGAAUCAUCUUGUGUGCGACUUCCGACUGUUCAAUUGGUAUGCUUACCCCUUGGAUGUUGCUUCCCCUGGA